UUUGUCACAUAAUGAGGAAAUAAUAGAUGAUAUUACCAAUAUUAUGUCAUUCUUAAAAGAAAAUGACGUUCAUAACGACAAUGAUUUUAUUGUCUCUGUUGAAGAAUUUAAGUUUGAGAAUCUUUACAUUGAAGAACCUCUGAUUUCAAUAAAAUCUAAUAAACAUGUACAAGAUUUGCCAACUAAAGUUAUUGAAAUUAUUCCUUUGAUCAUAGAUGAUAUUGAUUUAAAUGUUCAGAAUGACCAAUUAGUUCCUGAAGAAACUGGUGUUAAAGCACCUUUAGAAAUGUUGAAUGAAUGGGAAGGGAUUAAUGAAUCGACUUUUGAAGAAAUUUCAGAUUCUAGUUUUAUAGAAUUUGAAGUUCAAAUUGAUCCAUUUUUGUCUUCCCGCGAGACUCUUCAAUUAGAGCCGGCAAUAAUUCCUAUAAAACAUGAUCCUUUAGAGAUAGAUCGCAAAAAACGGCGUAAAACCAUUUUUGGAUCAGAGAAUGAAGCUGCGGAUGACAAAGACGUGACAAUAACGGAUUCUUUAGCACAAACAAUCAAAUCCGUGAUAUCUGAAGAUGCUACCCUAAUGCAUCAGAAAUUGGAUGAUGAGACAGCACUUCAAUUUGAUCUUGAGAAGAUACUAGAAGUUGACAACCCCUCUGAAAAUUGGAAAUCUGUUAUUAUGUGGCAAUCCAUGGAUGAACUAGGUGGAUUAAAAUUCAAGGUUUCUCAAAUCACCAGAGGAAGUGUAAAUGAUGAUGGCACCUCAUUCCCUUUAAUACCAACUAAAAUUUUUGAUUUGAUUGCACGUCCAAAUUCAAUGCAUUCAGAUUUUCAAAUAUUAACAUCUUUUAGUGGAAUGAAAGCUUUGGAAUUUGAGUUACAUUGGAAUCCAAUUAAAAAUAUUUCUCAAAUAGAAUUUGAAGAAAUCGUCAACGUGAAGAUCUCAUCUCAAAAAAUGUCGGAUACUCUUAAAGAUCUAUGUAGCUGUGCUAACAGUGAUGAUAUUUUGGAUACAGUAGAUGUGCAGUUCUUUAAUGAACUUAAUGAUCCACAUUUGAUAGCAAGAAAAGAAAAGCAUAAAGGCGAAUCUCUGUCGGUUUAUUCACAGCUUUCUAACUAUGAUAAAUCAAUAAUAGGGAAUAAGGAUAACAUUAUCCAUACAAAUGACUUGGAUUCAUCUAAAUGUUUUCCUGCUGACGGUGAAGUUAUAGUUGAAAAUUCUUCAUUAUGUUUCUCAGAAUACGAAAAACUCCCUCCGAGCAGUGAACAGCAAAACUUUAGUAACCUUCAAAAUACACCAAUAUGUAACGAGGUUUCGUCAAGGGCACAAUUCGAUUUUAAGGGUUUACAAAAUUCCCUUGCCAAACAGAAUCAGAACGCUAACAAAUCCGGAUAUUUUACUGGCGCUUUUUCGGCAACCAAGUCAAUAGAUGAUUUCUUGAUUUUACGAGGAAAAAUUACACCACAAAAUAUUGAUUCAAAAAAAAGAUUUAAAUAUAGUGAAGUUCCCAGUAUCAACAAUACGCCAAAAGAUAACACGACACCAGAUGACCGAUAUACUCGUUAUGCACACAUAAUUCCCUUUCCCUCGCCGGUGUCACAGCUUACUGACAGUGACAAAAGCAAUCAAAGCAUGCAAAGUGUUCACGUUAUGGCAAGAACCAUCAUUGAUAAUAUGCCAAUGCCAGUAAUUACUCAUAAAUACAUAGUAUCGAUCCGACUUUUGGCAAACCGUGGCUUGUUAUCAGCUUUAAAAAGCAUUGACUGCAAAGUUGAA